AUGGAAGGAUCAUCAUCAACAUCCUUCCAUGAUUUUCUCCACCGCAUGCGACAUCCUUCCUCGCUCGACCUCGUCCGGGCCAUUAAGAGCUUCAUAGUAUCAUUUUCAUUUUAUCAACCAAAACCUGAAAAUGAUGGAAAAAGAGUUCAAGACUUCUUUUCAUCAAUGGAAGUUGCAAUUAGAAAUCAUCCACUUUGGGCAACUGCUACUGAACAAGAUAUUGAUUGUGCCAUGGAGGGUUUAGAAAAAUAUAUUAUGACUAAAUUAUUCUCUAGGACAUUUUGUACUUCUCUUGAAGAAGCAAAGAUUAACCAUGAAAUCUCUGAGAAAAUAACUUUACUCCAAACCUUUCUCAAGCCUCAACAUUUGGAUAUUCAACCUGUUCUUCAUAAUGAAUCUUCAUGGCUGCUUGCAGAGAAGGAAUUGCAGAAAAUGAAUGCAUUCAAAGCUCCACAAGAGAAGCUUUCAAGCAUUAUGAACUGUUGUACAGUUAUCAACAAUUUGUUGCUCAAUGCUGCAAUGUCUGAGCAUGUUCCAGCUGGAGCUGACGAUUUUCUCCCUGUGCUUAUAUAUGUUACCAUCAAGGCCAAUCCUCCAAUGUUACAUUCAAAUCUCAAAUUCACCAAGUUGUAUAGAAGGCAAACAAAACUCAUAUCAGAAGCUGAAUAUUAUUUCACAAAUCUUGUCUCAGCCAAAACAUUUAUAAUUGACUUGAAUUCCAAAUCCCUCUCAAUGGAUGAAAUCAAAUUUGAAGAAUGCAUGCAAGAAGCCAAAUUGGCCAACAAAGUCAGAAAUGAAUUACACUCUACAUGUCAAAUGGAACAUCAAGAGAAAAACGAUUGCAUGUUAUCAAAUACAAUGCGCAACAAAACUUUAGAUGUUCAUAUUUUGCAAGAUGGAUCAAGUUAUCCAUACAUGGAAGCAAAGAGCAAAGAUCUAGCAAUAGAAGAUGUGGAUGUAUUGUUACAUCACUAUAAGGAGUUAGUUUCUAAGCAUACAAUUUUAUGCAAAGCCAUCAAUUGUCUUACUGAGUUAGAGAAAGAAUCAUUGCUUCAUCAGCUAGAAAUGCAAGGAGCAUGA